UCUGGGCUGCCUGUUGUUCUUGCAUCUCACAUAUGUGUGUGCAGGUGUGCAUGGCAUUGUGAUUUCCUGCUCAGUGCCUCCUAAACAGACAGCCUUCUGGAGCACACAAGGAGGACUAUCUCAACAGCUUUCACAGAAAGGAUCUCUAUGAAAGCUGAAAAGCACAAUGGCCUCACUUGGAAAUUCGAAGCAGCAAAACAAGCAUGAGUACUUUUUCUAAGGGUGUACAAGAAGCGGAGCACAAAAAAAGCACAUUUUCUCUUGAAAUCAGACAGAAAAUCUCCCCCUCUCUCCCCACCCCCCUGAAAACCUGAAAAGCAGCAAACGAGGAGUGAUGUUUAGGAAGUCUGUGGGCAGAGAGAACCAGGAACCAACCAGACGAGGGAAGGGUUCCUUUGAUAUCCGCAGCGCUCCUAGCAUCGUGGGCCGCACGCACCUUUGAAGCUUCCCCGGUGAGUGUGGCCGCCUGGCUGGGUGGAUUAAACGUGGCAGGAGGAGUGUGAGGAGAGGAGUGGAGGAGAGGAGUGGCGUGGCGUAGCGUAGCGUGGGCGAGGAGAGAGCUCUUUAGUGAUCAGCGGGGAACAUCGCCCCUACUUAGCCUGUGAAACAGCGACACAGAAGCUGACAAGAGAUGGGUGGAAAAGCACACUGAUGUACAAUACAGAUUCAGAGAGACUUGUAGAGACUGUAAGUGCGGAGGGUGAGAAGAAUCAAACAGGCUUCAGUAAAACAGACUUAGGUAAGAACAACAAGCUGGAGAGCAGAUGAUCACGAGAGACUGCUGGAAACAAAGUAAAGCACACUGAAAUAAAAGCAAGUACAACACACACUGAAUGAAAAAACAAGCAGAGGAAUCCUCAAAAGGCUCUCAUGGUACUGACACUUGUCACGUAAAGCCUUGCACACAGUAUCAUCAGUGUUGGAGGUACCUGCUGUUACAAUGGUGAAACUGGCACACGUGGAUGAUUAACAGAUUUUUUUUGGAACUUGUGUUGUUCAACAUCAAAUCCGUGGAAGGGUGUUGACUCAUCAUGGACCUCAUUCUGAAUACCUGAUACUAUUCCUUGACCUUAAACUGAGUACCAGUACCAUUCUUUGCCUUGCUUUUCACUCCUUUGCAAGAGUAACAGCCAUUUUGUAAUUAGCACAAGCUGAAGCUAUUUCAAGCACAUCCCUCAAAGCACAACAUCCAGUGUGUAUUUACUUCGCCAUGGAAACAGAAACAGAUGGAUACAUGUUGACCAUGCACCCUUAGUUUGUUUCCUCCAAACAGCCUCAUGGACCAAUGGAACAUUUCUGAAUAGAACUGCUAUGGAAGAUUCCGAGAAGGUGGACUGUGAACCCCUUGGUCCUCCAUUGAAACAAGAGCCUCUGAACAUUAAAGAUGGCUAACCUAUAGCCCUCUUGAACAACUGAAAGUUGAAUGUUUCACUGGAUUUUUUUAACUGUUGACUGUUGACAACUGUUGACAGUUUUUUGACUGUUAAAACUUUGAGAAUUUUUUUAUCUGCAUUUUGAACUGGGCUGCUUUGAAUGCCUCAUCGCCCCCCUGUGUGUCCAGUUCUGUCUGAGUCAAGGGUGGACACAGAGACAGGAGCUUUGGCCGUCUGGAUUCAUUUGGACUGGAAGAGACUGAACUGUCGUCGCCAUGGGGUGCAACAUGUGCGUGAUGCAGAAACCCGAAGAGCAAUAUCGGGUCAUGUUCCAGAGAGGGCACAUUAGUAACAUUCUGCACUCUUUUGACACGGAUGGUCGACUGAAGGUGAACGGUAAGGGUCUGUCGUACCUGUCUCAGGAGCAGGCUCUGGAGGCCCUCCGCGUUGGCCGAGAUUUCAGGCGUGGCUCCCGCCGGCGGCUGGGUGUGGCCAGCUGCGGCGCUGGCAGCGGCGGCGUGGGGUGUGGGGCUCCAGUGAUGGCGGUGGUGGCCGACUGCGUGGACAGUGGAACCCAGACCGACAUCAGCUUCCAGCACAUGCUGUCUCUGGGCAGGGCCCUGAACCAGCGGGGUGGGGGUGGGGGCGGUGGAGGGUGCGGUCAUCCCCCCCCUCCGUACCCACCUUCCCCACCACUGCCACCGCUACCCGAGCCCUACCUGCUGAACGAACUGCCGCCUAUGGAGCAUGACUACUAUGAUCCCAAUGACUACUUUGACAUCUCGCAGCAUGAGGUGGACAGGCCCGACGAUCUGGAGUACGAGGAGGUGGAGCUGUAUAAAUCUCGGCAGCAGGACAAACUGGGCCUGACAGUGUGCUACCGCACCGAUGAUGAGGAGGACCUGGGGAUAUACGUGGGUGAGGUGAAUCCUAAUAGCAUUGCAGCCAAAGAUGGACGCAUUAGAGAGGGUGACCGUAUACUGCAGAUAAAUGGUAUGGACGUCCAAAACCGUGAGGAGGCCGUGGCUAUCCUGACCCGAGAGGACAGCACCAACAUCUCCCUGCUUCUGGCUCGGCCCGACAUAGAGAACGAAAACCAGCUGGAUGUGGAUGAGCUGGAGCUGGAGAUUCAGAUGGGCCUGGAGGUUUUGGACAAUGCGGUCCACCUUCCCAGCCCUCCCUGCGGAGGUGCCCAGCGGAGAGGCUGCUUCCUGGGAGAUGUGGGGAAGGGUCGUGGCGCUGGGGGAUUCAGACCUCCAGGCUCCCGUAGCUCUGCGCGUGACACACCUCCUCCACCCCCAGCAUCGCUGUGGCACACGGUGCUAAGCAACAGCCAGGAGCUGGACAGCGGUGUGGGACGGACGGACGAGAGCACGCGCAACGAGGAGUCGUCGGAGCACGACCUCCUGGCCGACGACGCCACCAGCGCCUGCACCACCAACGCCACCAACACCCCCGGGAGCCUGCGCAAGUUCCACGCCACCCCUCCUCCACCACUGCUCACCUCCGCCCGAGAGCUGCACUUCAGCAACGACUCCCUGCUCGGGCCGGAGGUGGUGGGAGCAGGAGGGGCGGGAGGGCUGGGAGGUCACGGAGGUCACGCCUCCACGCACAUGGACGCUCUGGCCUCCGUCCUGCUGCCUGGUCUGUCUGAGGAGGAGUGCAUGCGCUACCGGGAGCUCCUCGAGAUCCGCUGCUACUAUGAGAAGAACGGGAACACCUUGCUACUGCUGGGCGGAGAGGGGUCGGGGGCUAAAGAUGGCGAGGGCGGGUUUGUGGGUGACGGCGGCUCGACACUGGACAUGAACCGCAACGAGAGCUUGAUGCGGCACGAGCUGGCCCUGCUGGAGGAGGAACUGCGCCACCUGGAGUUCAAGUGGCGUAACGUCCUGCGUGCGCAGAAGAUGCAACAGCUCCGGGAGCGCUGCCUCAAAGCGUGGCCACCCAAAGAGGAAGAGGAGGAGGAAGAGGAGGAAGUGGCGGGUGCUGACGCGGUGAAAGCUGAGUCAGCGCAGCCGAGCGGAGAGCCUUUGAGGCACGAGCUGUCAGACAUUAACGAGCUGCCCGAGAGAGAGCGGUCGGACAAGGACAGCACCAGUGCGUACAACACAGGCGGGGAGAGCUGCAGGAGCACGCCACUGGCCAGCGAACGCUUCCCCUCGCCCUCGGCUCUGGACACGGCGCUGGAGGUGACGGGGACUCCAGCGCCUCAGCCACCUUCCGGCCUGCUCGCACGCCCAGCAGGUACCGUACCCGGUCGGAGCAGCACGAGGCAGCACGCGGCCAGAACCUCAACCACACCUGCUCUCCCAGCACGCCGGAGAGACGAAGAACGGGGCGACAGUCGGAACUCCAGCCCGGCGACCCCACGGUUCCAAUCACUGUCACGAAAUAGAGUUGAGCCAGAUCGAGCCGGGUCGAGCCAGAGGAGGGGGUCGGACGAGGCCAGGAGGCCCCCGAGGGCUAACGGGACGCCUGUGACUGGAGGCCGCAGUGCGGAGAACAGCCCCUACUUGUCUAGACGCCGCUGUGGGUCUCGGCCUCCUCAGCGCUACCAGAGCUGUAUGCAGCUGCGCUCCACCUCCACCAGCGAGGGACUGGGGCUGCAGGAGGCUGAUGAGGAGGCCUCUGGCACAGCCUUGAAUCCGGUCACAGGGGAAAUGGAGCCCUUAGCUCCCAAUGCGGCUAACACUAACUCCGCUAGCCAUGCUAAUUUCACAAACCCCGCUAACUCUGGUAAUGCAAUGACCUUGCCUCUACCGUUACCUCCUCCGCUGCCUCCAGCUUCCCCGCGCAUGGAGUGGAAGGUGAAGAUCCGUAGCGAUGGGUCGCGCUAUGUCGCCAAACGCCCGGUGCGGGACCGGCUCCUGAAGGCGCGUGCCAUGAAGAUCAGCGAGGAGCGCAGUGGCAUGACGACGGACGACGACGCCGUGAGCGAGAUGAAGAUGGGCCGCUACUGGAGCAAGGAGGAGCGCAAGCAGCAGCUGCUGAGGGCACGCGAGUACCGCCGCCGCCGCGAGUUCAUGAUGCAAAGCCGCCUGGACUUCCUGCGCGAGCGCGAAGGCAGAGACCGAGAGACGGGCGGGGCCGGAGCACAGGACUCCCCUAGCCAUGCCUCCAUCCUGGAGCUGAGUCAGAGGAAGAGCAUGAAGAGACGGAACCGUAAAAUCCUGGACAACUGGAUCACCAUCCAGGAGCUGCUGGCACAUGGCAGCCGCUCCGCUGACGGGCAGAAAGUGUACAACCCACUUCUCUCUGUCACCACGUCUGAGGAGGAGUGCAUGCGCUACCGGGAGCUCCUCGAGAUCCGCUGCUACUAUGAGAAGAACGGGAACACCUUGCUACUGCUGGGCGGAGAGGGGUCGGGGGCUAAAGAUGGCGAGGGCGGGUUUGUGGGUGACGGCGGCUCGACACUGGACAUGAACCGCAACGAGAGCUUGAUGCGGCACGAGCUGGCCCUGCUGGAGGAGGAACUGCGCCACCUGGAGUUCAAGUGGCGUAACGUCCUGCGUGCGCAGAAGAUGCAACAGCUCCGGGAGCGCUGUCUCAAAGCGUGGCCACCCAAAGAGGAAGAGGAGGAGGAAGAGGAGGAAGUGGCGGGUGCUGACGCGGUGAAAGCUGAGUCAGCGCAGCCGAGCGGAGAGCCUUUGAGGCACGAGCUGUCAGACAUUAACGAGCUGCCCGAGAGAGAGCGGUCGGACAAGGACAGCACCAGUGCGUACAACACAGGCGGGGAGAGCUGCAGGAGCACGCCACUGGCCAGCGAACGCUUCCCCUCGCCCUCGGCUUCUGGACACGGCGCUGGAGGUGACGGGGACUCCAGCGCCUCAGCCACCUUCCGGCCUGCUCGCACGCCCAGCAGGUACCGUACCCGGUCGGAGCAGCACGAGGCAGCACGCGGCCAGAACCUCAACCACACCUGCUCUCCCAGCACCCGCCGGAGAGACGAAGAACGGGGCGACAGUCGGAACUCCAGCCCGGCGACCCCACGGUUCCAAUCACUGUCACGAAAUAGAGUUGAGCCAGAUCGAGCCGGGUCGAGCCAGAGGAGGGGGUCGGACGAGGCCAGGAGGCCCCCGAGGGCUAACGGGACGCCUGUGACUGGAGGCCGCAGUGCGGAGAACAGCCCCUACUUGUCUAGACGCCGCUGUGGGUCUCGGCCUCCUCAGCGCUACCAGAGCUGUAUGCAGCUGCGCUCCACCUCCACCAGCGAGGGACUGGGGCUGCAGGAGGCUGAUGAGGAGGCCUCUGGCACAGCCUUGAAUCCGGUCACAGGGGAAACGGUCACAGGGGAAAUGGAGCCCUUAGCUCCCAAUGCGGCUAACACUAACUCCGCUAGCCAUGCUAAUUUCACAAACCCCGCUAACUCUGGUAAUGCAAUGACCUUGCCUCUACCGUUACCUCCUCCGCUGCCUCCAGCUUCCCCGCGCAUGGAGUGGAAGGUGAAGAUCCGUAGCGAUGGGUCGCGCUAUGUCGCCAAACGCCCGGUGCGGGACCGGCUCCUGAAGGCGCGUGCCAUGAAGAUCAGCGAGGAGCGCAGUGGCAUGACGACGGACGACGACGCCGUGAGCGAGAUGAAGAUGGGCCGCUACUGGAGCAAGGAGGAGCGCAAGCAGCAGCUGCUGAGGGCACGCGAGUACCGCCGCCGCCGCGAGUUCAUGAUGCAAAGCCGCCUGGACUUCCUGCGCGAGCGCGAAGGCAGAGACCGAGAGACGGGCGGGGCCGGAGCACAGGACUCCCCUAGCCAUGCCUCCAUCCUGGAGCUGAGUCAGAGGAAGAGCAUGAAGAGACGGAACCGUAAAAUCCUGGACAACUGGAUCACCAUCCAGGAGCUGCUGGCACAUGGCAGCCGCUCCGCUGACGGGCAGAAAGUGUACAACCCACUUCUCUCUGUCACCACGGUUUGAAUCGGAGAACAGGAGAUAGGAGAGUGAAAACAAAAAAAACAUUUGAAAGUGACUUAAAGGCAGGGAAUCAAAAAGUGGAGAAAAGUUAUAGAGGACAAGUACAAUAAAAAGGAAAAUUUAAUGAAAAAGAAUGAUCAAAAUUCAGUAAACCACAUGCUGCUAUACAUUCUGUUGAGGAUAUUAAGCAAUGAGGUUAAUCAUAAAAUAUACAUAACAUUCAUACAGAAUUCAUACGUACAUUUAGAACAUAGUAACAUAGCAUGGGCUUAGCCCCGUGGAAGGGAUGCUGCACUUCUCUUUCCAGUCAGACGAUGAUAAAUGAAUGUAAAUUGAGAAUAAUUUGAUGCCUGUAAUUUUCUAACCAUUUUUUUAAAUCACAAGAAUGUCUGUUUGGAGG